CCUGCAGCCACAGGGUCUGCUUCCUCUGUAGUUACACCCCUGGGUGUCCUGCUCCUGAUAGAGGGCCCGGCUGCAGAGGUAACCAUUCUCCAUUGAAAGAGUUAAUCCGCUGCAUAUUAACUAAAGGCAUCUUCUGAGCACUGUAUUUUAACCACAUCUUGCAUUCUUUUAUUGUCCAUCCAUCAUGAAUACAAUCCCCAGCUGACUGCAGUUCCAUAUGGGAAGCCUUGUAUAAUAUUUAGAGGGGAGCGCCCCCAACUCUUGUCAAUCAUUUCACGCACAAACACCCCCCCCCCAUCCACACUCUCACACAGUGAAAUCCGGCGGCUCUGCUGUAGAACAGUGUAUUCCGGAGCAUGAACAUGAGAUUAAAGAAGAGCCGAGGCUUCUGUGUCUGACGGCUGACUCUCUGGGUUUCCUUCUUCUGGUCAGGACACCAUCCAUCAUUAUUUAAAGGUAAUCAGGCGGGGUGUGACGGGGGAACGUAUAUGAUGAUACCACCCUAUCUCAUCGGCGGAGGCAGAUAGUAGAGAUGUUCCUAUGAAAAGCCUCUGGUACAAAAGCAUGGCAUUCACCCACUCGCACAUCAUGGCAUCCAGACGGCAUCCGCAGAGCAGGGUUUUAAUUGAAGUGGACGAGUACAGCUGCAACCCCACCCAAGCGUUUACUUUCUACAACAUCAACCAAGGGCGAUUUCAACCUCCGCACGUGCAAAUGGUGGACCCUGUGCCUCACGAUGCCCCCAAGCCUCCUGGCUAUACCCGCUUUGUUUGUAUUUCCGACACCCAUUCCAGAACAGACCUCUUGCAGAUGCCAUACGGAGAUGUCUUAAUUCACGCUGGCGACUUCACUGAACUGGGGCUUCCAAGCGAAGUGAAGAAGUUUAACGACUGGCUUGGAAGCCUUCCGUACGAGUAUAAGAUUGUCAUCGCCGGAAAUCACGAACUGACGUUUGACCGCGAGUUCAUGGCCGACCUGAUUAAACAAGACUUUUAUUAUUUCCCUUCCGUGUCGAAGCUAAAGCCGGAGAAUUAUGAAAAUGUCCAGUCCCUGCUAACCAACUGCAUUUAUCUGCAAGACUCCGAAGUUACCGUUAGGGGUUUCCGCAUAUACGGCUCCCCGUGGCAGCCUUGGUUCUACGGCUGGGGAUUUAACUUGCCCCGGGGUCAGGCCCUGUUAGACAAGUGGAACCUCAUACCCGAUGCCACCGACAUCCUCAUCACCCACGGACCCCCGCUAGGGUUCUUAGACUGGGUCCCCAAGAAACUGCAACGAGUCGGCUGUGUGGAAUUGCUCAAUACAGUCCAGCGGAGGAUACAGCCCCGUCUCCACGUAUUCGGUCAUAUUCAUGAAGGGUACGGAGUAAUGGCGGAUGGAACGACCACCUACGUGAACUCUUCCGUGUGCACCGUCAACUACCAGCCGGUAAAUCCCCCCAUAGUGAUCGACUUGCCCACCCCCAGAAACACGUGAUUUCCCUGGAGUCUGAUUGAUAACGUGUGUGUGUGGAAUGCACGGGGGGGAGGGGCAUCAUUGAGGUGACCUGGAGCCAUUUUUUUUUAUAUCUGAGGCUCAUUGAUGUCUCCAAGUGAGGGAACAAUACAAACACCAUUGGGUCUGGAGAAUAUUUAUUUAGGGGGAGACAAGACUCUCGGCUGGUUUUCGGGACUAAUUAUCCAAAAUCCAAACAGAAUCACUCGCCCAUUCUCUGGGAAAACAAUGGAGCGCUAACGGAUUCUCUUUUAUUUUCUGGGAUGGAAAAUGCUUGUGUGGUUUUUAUGUGCUGCUUAGAGUGUCGUGUGCAUACAAAUUCAGAAUCCCACCCGCAUUCCGUGCCUACCCCCCCCACCAGCGCAUUUCUAAUGCAACAAGACGCAGAACCCGUACACAGUAAAAGACGUAGUUACUGUCAAGGGGAACUAAAGCCUAAAAUUAAUUUGACUAGAAAUGCUGUAUAUUAUAUACUGUACCAGCCCUAGAACAGUAAUGAUCCAGUUUCCCCUGAGCAGCUCCACAUCUUGGAUCUUGUUAGGCAUCUUUUGUGAGUCAGCGGCACUGCACAUGCUCAGUGUGGUCUGGGCUGCUGCUGAGAAGCUAAACUUAGGGAAUGGGGGAAAUCAUCUUAGGGAACAGGGGGAAAUCAUCUUAGGGGUCGGGGGGAAAUCAUCCAUCAGAAAGUGAGGUUCAUUGGCCAUAGAACUGAUGCUACAGGGCCGAUUAUGAAUCAAUUCGGAUGCCGACUGCACUGAUUUCUGUAUUGUGACUCUGAUUACGGAUCAACCUGGUACUGUAUAUUGUUAUUGUAUAUUGUGACAUUUCUAUUCUAUGUGUACUGUAUAUUGUGAGUGGGUCCCUAAGCU